CCUCGAGUCGAGUCGCAGCCAACGACGGCCAUCACUAUCCUCCAUCCUCCCAUCCUCCAACCUACGCGUCCCCUCGUAGUCAUCGCAUCCAUUGGCGCAGUGGGCGCGCGAUAUAAAGCAGUAGAAGCUUGUCAGUGCCAUAUCGAAUGGCUGGCAGCGCCUCGUCCUCGUCUUCGACAACAGGAACGACGACGAUGUCAACAGGAGGGGCGGGGCAGCCAUCCUCUUCGUCGUCGCACGCGCAAUUCAGCCUACCGCCGCCAGUAGACUUUGAUGCCAUCCGCAGAAAGCAGAGGGCCAUCACGCAAGCCGCAGGAAGCGCAGCCAGUAGCAACGGCAGCCAGAUGAACAGUCCAGCGUAUCAACAAGGCGGAGGCAGCAGUGGCGGUGCUGCAGGCAACCACUUUAGCAUGAGUGGGAGCAAUGGCGUCAAUGGCAGUAGUAGCAGCAGUGGCGGAGGCGGGCCCAAAUUGCCUACGACUUCGUCAUCGGCAGGUGCCUUCGGAUCGGGAAACGACCCUGACGCAUUUCAAGCUGCGCUGGAUCAACUCAUGGCGGGCAAUGACCAUGCCAUGGGAACGCCAACGCAUCCACCAGGCGGACACGCCAACAUGUUUGCACCCAGCCAACAGCAACCGGCUCCGCACCAUCAUCAUCACCAUCCUCACGGCCCAGCACGACAGAAUUCUCAGCCAACCACGCCGCAGGGCGCGCCGAUGAUGAUGGCCAACCAAUUUCACCAGCAACAUCAGCAACCUCAACAUCACUCUCAUCCUCAUCUUGCACAUUCACAUCAUCAUCAUCACCAUCAUCCUCACGCGCCGCAGCAGCCGCAGCAGCCAAGUUCGCAGCCAGGUUCGAGCGCGUCCCCGUUCCCACCCUCGGCCAGUCCCAUGCCUGCCGAGGAGCACGCUCGCCUCUUGGGCAACGCGUCGAUGUCCUUCAAUACCUUUGCCAUGGACCUUGGUCGCUCACAACAGGCAGCUGCAGGCAUGCAAUACAUUGACCCAAGCGUGACUGCAUGGGUCGGCGGCGUACGCAGUGCGGCGCAGACGCUCUGCACCGAACUUGCUGGCAUCAGCCAAGCCUUGCGAGCAGGGUCGAUGUCGUUGUGGAGAGGACAAGGCGGUCGUCCUGGUCCGGCUGGCACCGGCGCGACCAACCAGUUCUGGCCGAAUGACUUCGCAUCGAUGUUCGCUCAGAUGCAAGGUCAGCAGUCGGGUGACAGUUCGGCGCAGGCUUCCCCAGCCAACCCUCGAGGUAUGGGCGGCGCGCAGGGGCAACGUGGUAUGCCCAACGCCGCCAACAUGGAGCCUACGAUGCUCCUCAACUUCCUCGAUCAGAAUCAAGGUCUGCCACCUGGCUUGCCGCCUGGCCCUGCCGAGCAGAUGCUCGACUUCCUGACGCAGCCGUCAACAGGCAUCGCGCAUGAUGUCAACGGCAGCAGCGCCAGCUCGUCGAACGCAGCCAUUGCGAACAAGAAGCGUCCCGCAGACUCAUCAGCCUCCCCCGCUGGCCCAGCUGCUGGACCUUCGGCCUCCAAGAUACCCAAAGCGGCUGGCAAGCACAAGUCUCGUCCACCCAUCGAGGGAGUGCGUCGCGAGUCAGUACGCUACCGCAAUCGCAAGCUUCUGGUUGACAUGCGCGAGCAACUCUACAAGUGGCUUGACACGACGGAAUUCUGCCGCAUUGCCCGCUCUUACCCUCAGGGAUCCAAUGGGUGGGCUACUGUACCCAUCGACGCUGAGCGCCCCGAGUUGGGGACCAAGCGCGUCUUCAAGCCCAAUUUCGAGAUUGGGUCUGACUUGUACAUCUGCAACAAGGAGCUGCUCGAAGCGCUGAUUGAGCUCGGCCAGCAGAAGGUGCGAGAUGGUCCGGAGGCGUACGGGAUGAAGGAGGGUGUGGAGGCGAAGGAUGUUGUGGUGGACGUGGCGAAGGAUCUGAUGGAUUCAGCACGACAUGGCUAUCGCGCGAACCUGAAAAAGCAGCAGGAGGACGAGGCGGAUGCAAAGGCCAAGUCGACGAGGUAUAAGCAGCAAGAGCGUCACAGAACCAAGGUCCGCAAUCGUGAGGUCGGCGCAAAGAGGCUGCGCCACCCGAUCCCGGAUGCCCUCUUGACGAUGGGCCUGCACUCGGACGAUGCGGCUAGCGACCAAGAGGACAUGCACAAGAUGGACAAGGACGAGUGGCGUCGUACGCGUCUGCGCAAGCUGCAGAGUAAGCGUGGGUGGGAAGCUCUCUCACCCCGCUGGCGUAAUCCGCACCUGACAAAGGCCUAUCACAUUGCGGACACCCUCUCCAAGUCGAAGCAGAUGCCUCGCUGGCGUCGCGAUGGGGGCGUGGACUUGGAUCCUCCUUCACGCCUCUGGGGCAAGACCCUGCCAAAGGUGGUAUUUGACCCCACCUGGCUCGCGGAAAACGAGCAAAGGAUAAAGGAGGACCCUUUCCACAUUACUGUGGAGGAUCGUCCUGUUGCCGGGUGGAGGAACGAGGAGCAUGGAUUGAGCGACGAUACCGAGGAUGAAUUGGAGCGCUUUGAGCGGGAGGUCGCGCGACUGAACCGGGCAGCGAGGAAGAAGACGGCGGGAACAGCUGGUCCUUCCUCGAAUGCGUAUUCGAUGAUGGGGAUGCCUGGGGCCAGCGGUACGGCGGGAACAGGUCGUCAGCACUCCUCGUCUGCUUCUUCGCCGUCGACGGGUAACUCCGAGGGUCGAGAUCGUGGAAGGAGCAAUAGCGGGCGCUCAGGGGAAGGAGAGGACGCUGACGGCGAUGCGGACGAUGAGGGCCACAGCGGGGAUGUUGGCAUGAGCAUGGACGUCGAUACCAAGGAUAGCAGGUCAGCGCUGCUGCCAGGGGUCGGGACGGCUAUUGGCGGCGCAGGGGGAGCGGGAGGAAGUCUACUUCAUCAGACGGCCGGCCUUGUAUGAAUGAGGAGUCUCGCAGACGGAGGCCGUAGUCGCGGAAAGGCGGUGUUGGGAGUCUUUUGUAUUGUAUCAAGUCCACUUUCGAAUCGUACACUGUCAUCCACUUGACGCAUACCGCUCCAUUAGCUAGACACGAAGCAUU